CAAAGAACGUGUAUCGAUCGACACAAUAAAUACAUAGAAGCUGGUAUGGAGACAUGCUUACUCUGUAUGAUGGAGAAGCUGUCGAUGCCGCCAUCUGCAGUAUUAAGCGGAGAGCGGGCAGUAGUUCGGCAGAUGCACUGAGGUAGGCCAUGCUUACAACCCACGCCCUCUGCCUUUCCAUCUUUUGUAAACCGGCGUAUAACUAAACAGCAUGGCUAACCCGGUAAUGAAUCACGCCCACAUCGGCCAAGUGAAGGGCCGCAAAGCGAAAGAAGGAGUCGAGCAGUAUCUUGGUAUCCGAUAUGCUACGAUCAAAGAUCGUUUCGCGCCUCCUGUGCUCCAUGAGUACGAUGGUAGUGGUCUUGAUGCAACGAAGAUAGGGCCACAGACGGCGCCUAUCCCGCAAGGUGCACAGCACGAACAAGCUCUCAUUCAGCACACACUCCCGACAUCGGAAAUACAGUUCUCGGAUCUGGAGGGGCUGAAUCUCAACAUCACCAAGCCGGCCACUGAAGACGACAACCUUCCUGUGUUCCUCUUCAUCCAUGGCGGCGGCUUCAUGGUCGGCUCUGCCACGUUCCCGCAAUACGACAUGGCUCGCUUCGUCGCUCUGAGCGUCAACAAGGGUCUCCCAACCAUAGCCGUGACGUUGAACUACCGUCUUGGACCGCCAGGCCUGCUCACAAGCCAGGAAAUGCGGGAGGCUGGGUAUUUGCCCAAUAACGCCAUCCGAGACCAACGGACGGCCAUCCAGUGGGUGAGAAAGUACAUCUCUGGCUUUGGAGGGGAUCCGGAGAACAUCACGCUUGCGGGUGAGAGUGCGGGCGGUGUUAGCUGUACUUAUCAUCUGCAGUCUACGCAGCCCUUGUUCAAGCGUGUGAUGCCCAUGUCAGGCACGAGCCUCUUGUUUCCUCCGUUGCCGAUCGACUUGGCAGAGGCGAACUAUCAGACUGCCGUCAAGGCAUUAGGCUUGGACUCGCUUUCUCCCAAGGAGCGGAUUAAGGCGCUGGUAUCGAUGGACGCUGCUGGGCUAAUGGGCAAGCUAAUGACUGUCCCUAAGCUACCUGUGAUGGAAAGCGAUCUACCGCUCAUAUCGCAGUCCUUUGCCGACUUUUCCGAAAGCAAGGUCCCAAUGUGCGGCGCCGAUUGGUGCGAGAGCAUACUGAUUGGCGACUGCCAAAUCGAUGGGAGCAUUCAAAGCCUUCGGCUUCAACAUCGCAAAAGCGGGAUCGGGCGAGCCUUCUGCGACGACAUGCAGAAAGCGUUUUCCACGGUCGAGUACGCCGACAAACUCCUCCACGGUUACGGCAUCUCUCCCGACUUAGAGGACGAUACUGCUUUCGGCAAGGUGCUCGAGGUUCUGAACGAUAUCGGCUUCUACGCGCCUACAUUGGCUUUCGCGGAAGGUUCGACAGGCGGCGGCGUUAAGACCUUCAUGUACCGCUUCAACGAACCGAAUCCCUGGGAUGGGCCGUGGAAGGGCAGAGCUAAUCACAUCCUGGACAUCGCUUUCCUGUUCCAGAACUACAAUGACUACCUUUCUGACGAGCAAAGGAAGACUGCGGAGGGUUUUGCGGAGAGUGUGUUCCAAUUCGUGCAUGGGCAGGACCCAUGGCGGGAAUGGAAGUCGGAGGAGCGGGUGGCAAAGGUACUUGGUCCGCAUGGCCGCGCCGAGUUGGUGGAAGACGUGCCGGAGAAAGUGGGGAGGAGUAUCGUCUUGCUUGACCUUGCAAAGGUGGUGCCAGGUGGAAUGGAUUACCUGAAUGAAGUGCUGAAUGGGUUUUUGAGAGGCCCACCAGCUUCAUAAGGCACGAGGCAGCGACGACUGUUGACACGGAUAGCUCUAAAUCAGCAUCCUUCAUAGCCUCAUGAACCAUGCGUAGGACUGCUCAGCCCUCGUCGCACCAAGCAGAUAUGCGGUGGCAUCGCAGCAAGAUGCGUGCCGAAUUGAAGCCCGGCACGAAACGCGCUAAGACACGACAGCACGGCUCACACCAGCGUCGAAGCGUAGACCCACCUGCCACAUACUGUAGACUUUUGGCUUCUAGCAUAAAUGUUCCCGAAUGCUUCGACAGGCGGAUCACCUACAUUGCAGACCAACGGUCUCGAGGUUGAUCCGCAGGGUCUGAACACGUAGAAGUGAAGACAAACGUGAAGUCU